UGCCCUAAUUCUUAGUUUUUUUCUCCUUUGCUUUUGGUCCUGAUUGUAAUAAUCUGAAGAAAAAGAUGAGACUUUGUUGGAAUUUUCUACAAAUUAUCUUACUUUUCUUACAUUGCUUCCACUUCCCAGCCAAAGCAAUCAGGAGUGAUAUAGGGCUUCCAGAGAGGAAAAUUUGCAGAAAUACAGUUCAAGGAAGAUAUCUGCUUUCAGAUGAUAAUGGCCAUGUAUGUGACGCAUUAUCGGUGGAUCAAUGGUCUCGUUGCUGCCCUGGGUCAGGAGAGAAAUACUCUUGUCAAGGAUGCAAUAUUGUUUCACAGUGCUGCAAUACAUAUGAGUACUGUGUUUCGUGUUGUUUAAAUCCUGCUCGGACACAACAAGAGCUGGCGCUGCAAGUGAAGAUAGCUAAGCCGGUUUCUGCAGGGACGUAUGCGAGUGUGUUUGACUUCUGUGCUGGGAGGUGUCGGCAUAGCUCUGAAAGCGUGGUUCACGAGAAUGCUUAUGUUAGUGAUUUCCAUCACUGCUUUUCUCUGCGUUCAAAUUCUUCUGGGACUUUGGACGGUCAUUCGGAAGCAAGGUUAAACGGAAUCAAUGUUGUCAUCGGAAGGCAAGGGGAGACCUGCAAUUCUGUCUGCAAGUCAAAGGGGCUAUCAUGUGUUCCGAGCAAGCUCUUGGUGCUGAAUAAAUGUGAAAUCAUCCAGAAAUAUAUGAAGUGCAAGGGAUCUUGCUUGGCUAGCAUGGGAUCAGAUCAACCUGCAGAAGUAGCAGAGGACGCCCCUAGACAUUUGAAUCCAGGAGCGUGUCUAUUCACUAGAACUCAAAGCAUGCUUUCUUGUGAUGGUUCACAUCGACAUACGAGGAGACUUUGCCCUUGUGCUUGAGGAGGCUUUCCCCUGUGCAUAAUUCAAUCGACAUUGAUCGGAACCUCUAUAGAGAAGCUAGAAAUGCCAUCUAAUUGAUCAGCCAGCUGCAGUUUGGCCAAUCCGAUUAAACAACUUCGUAUUUGGUCAACCGACUGGCGCAAAAACAGUCGGUCUCUAAGCGCUCCACACACCUAACGCCACAAGGUUUCAUGUAUUCUUUCAUUAAAUAUUAUUUAAGUUUGCAUAAUUGGUAGAGAUAGAAGGAAAUUUUCCCAUUGUAAACCAUCCACCACAUUGUAAUUCAAUCAUUUCAUUAUAUAGCUUUGAAAAACACAAAAUCAAGUGAAAA